AUGCGGCCACUGAAAGAAGAAGAAUUUGACAAAGUUGAAAAGAAGCUGAGACAGUUCAUGGGGAACAAUCUGGCCUCUUUUCUAAACCCACUGCACGAAUUAAUAUAUCACAAGCAGAAGGUUUACUAUGUUAAAAAAGACCUUUUGAAAAAAGCAAGUAUCAUUGCAAACGACAAUAUCCUGUGCAUUGGCACAUGCAUAGGGAGAUUCACUAAGUCUGAGUUCUUCAGAAUCAGAAUUACUGCUUUGCAUAUGCUCAUGAUGUAUGCCAGCUGCAAAGUAAAAGUAAAGCAGAGCGCAGAAAUGAAUGUUCUGUAUGGAAACCAUGUCCAGAGGGCACAUCUGUGCGGAGUAGCACCAGACACAAAGAAGCACUCAGGAGUAGUUCUGACUACAUCAUCAAGUGUUCCAAUUGGGUUUGGGAUCAUGACAAAGUCUGGUAAUGAAAUACUGGCAGGUGAUAGAACUGCAAUAGUAGUGGUCCGGCAUGGUGAUGCAGGAGAGUAUCUCAGAGGAGAAGACACUCUUAUGUGA